GCCUCGGUAACUUUCCAACGUCGAGUUGUUUACUUUCUCAUUUCCUCUCAUUCUUUCAUUUCAACCUUCCGUUUCCUUUGAAAACCCCUGUUCAAGGUGAACGGCACAGCACAUAUCGCUACAAAUUGGCUCGCAUGCUGGAUUGACAACGAUCAAUAGAACGUAACACAGCGCUCUCGUGCUUGGUUGCAACUUGCAGCGUGUACUGCACUCCAUGCUUUAACCUACCACUUCUUUCCCGACUGAGAUAUCGUGGAAAACAUGACUUCACCUGUUCCUGCUCAUUUGUCAACUCCGGUACAUUCUCAUCCUCUCUUGGCCGACGAAGGUUCAUCGCGAGGUCGAAGAUCGCGUGGACGUGAAGAACGAGACCUGACGAAAUCACCGACUACCAGCUACUUUACGUUAAAGGCUCAACUCGAAACUUCUGCUCAGGAAGGCACGAGACACACGGGUGGAAACUGGGACGGCAGUGUCCGCGGGUAUGGUGAUCGCAAGAAGGACAAACCUGCUCCGAUCAUUGUCGUAGAGUCAGCGAGUGGUACCAUCUUCACGCCGUCGAAUAAAGCUUCGGGAAACUUGCAAAGUCUCUUUUCAAACCAGCCUAACAAUGAUGUCACUUCACAAGUACUUGCAACCAGGUGGCAUGAAUAUUCUGAUGAGGCUAUUCAAUCAACUAUUUCGAGUCUUGACUCCACGGAAUUACCCUCGCAUAGUUCCAGCCAUCCUUAUCACACCGCUUUGCGUGUGCUCUCUUCUACAGUAGACCGGCUCUCAAAGGCACGCACUGAACUCGAGGAAAGCCGAAAAAUGCUCUUGGAGAAAGAGACAGCUAGAAAGGCGAGAGGCGAGGAGCUAUUGAAACAAUUGCUCCCCUCAGAACGUGAUGUCGCCAGACGUGUACUUCAGUCGCUGUUCCCUGAUGAUGUGGAGGAAGAUCAUCAAGUACAGAGGAAGCAUAGCAUGGUGUCUUUGACUGAAUCAUUGACGGAAGCUAUCCAGGACGAAGUUCCUAUCUUGAGGAGCCACGCGGACAAUGCAGAGCUAACACCCACGCCCGAGAUGCCCACGGUGACCGAGACGCGUACUGAGGAUGAUGUCCCUGUGCGAGAGGAAUCACCAAGUAGUGAGGCGGCUGGUACCGCUGAUGACGCGAAAGAAGGUGCUGAUACUUCGAGCAAUCCCACUGAAAGCGUAAAAUCCGAACGACCUCUAUUGGGAGAAUGGAUGGGAACGUGGUGGAUCAAGGGCAAGCCAAAGAAUGGUCGAGCGGAAUCUCCUUUCACAGAUGAUGACCCUACCCUACGCGGAAGUAAGGAUGCGGUAGACGAUGAUGACGCGUCAACUCGUGCAAUACUCGAGACUAGGGGUGGCCGGCGAAGAGCUGCGAAAAGCGUAUUUGGUACAUUAGGUUUCUCCAUUUUGAACUCCUCGUCUUCCUCGGUUGCAAGGAAACGUCGACAUCAGUCUUCUGCAGCAACCACCGGUACACCUCCAGAAUCCGGCAGAGUCACUCCUACCACCCAGUCAAUCUCGGGUGGCAAUGGAGACAGUACACCGAGUCUCACUGGCACACCAGACUACUCCACGCCUUCGUUAGCGGCACCCUCAAUUCCAUACAUCGAUUCCCCAACGUCCACUAUCUCUCGCAAGGUGGUGGACGGAAAGCCCCCUCAGGGAACAUCAUUGCGGGCAAUUGUGCAAGCGACACGAUUGAUGACGUCUGAUCCCUCUAGCGUUCUAUCUGACCAAGGACGAGAGACAAGUCCGACUAUCGCUCAAAUGGCCUUCGAGCUCAUACGAAAUGCUCGUGAGGAGGGUUUGGAACUACGUGAACAGCGUCCGAAGGAGCGUAAAGAGCGAAGGACAGGGUUAUCAUCGCGGCCUGAACGACAAAGCACACAAAGUGGUGGUGAUGGUACCUCCAGUGAUGCUGACCUCACGCCCACGGUGGCACGAACAAUGAAACCCACGGCGCAGAAGCAAUGGACUCACAAAGCUCGCAAGCGCAGCGUGAACUUGCCUUCCUUCGCAUCUCCGUUAUUCGGAUCAUUUAUGGCGCAGCAACAAAAGGUGAUGAGUCCAACUUUUGAACCGUCGCAGAAAGCCGCGGAAUCUUCGAUAUCACCUACUUUACAGCCAAGCAGCGGUCCCUCUACAACUCAGAAGACCAGGCAACCUGGUUCCGUGCCCUUGGAGUCGAUCAUCCCAAUCAACGCUAAGCCUCCGACACAAUACCUCUCAAGGACGUAUACGCCUCUGACGUCUAGGGACUUCCACUUUUCCAUUCCUUUACCUGAUUCGGACUUACUUUCUCCAAGCUAUGAUAGCAAUGCUCGGGACCUUAUGACGGAUCGGUAUGGAUUCAUCUACGAGGUUUCGCAGUAUGAUUUCCUCCUUUUGCUUCGUGCAAAAGAGUGUGGGAAUACUGCUCCUGCAUGUCUGACAGGAAUCAAGAUCGCUGAUAGGAAAGAAGACAAUGUAUGGCCGGAGGAUGAUGACCACGAUGGUAACAGCAAAAACACGAUGGAGAUUGUUAAAGGGCCGUGCGACUGUGAAGCCGAAGACGACAUGGCUGACACGCUCAGUGUGACGACAUCUAGUACUCGACCUCCCCUGAGGACUUAUGCAACGGAGGAUGCUAUGUCGACUAUCUCCCAAAGAUCUCGUGCCGCUUCACCUGCUUCCUCGAGACUUAGAAAGCGCUCAUCCACUGCCAUCGGCGGUACAAAGUCUCCUGCUGCAAUGCAGCAUACGUCCAGCUCUGCUAUUCUUGUUAUCACUGCUGAUACACCUCGACAUGUUUGCUCAAACACCAUUCGGAAGCUUCUAUCACAACUCACAGAGAUCCAUGAUCAGCGGCAGAAGGCCCAGCGCAAGGAAUGGGACGCGCUUGUCAAUCAACGGAGCAAGGCCACCGCCGUUAGGUCAUCUUCCUACGUGAGCAAAGCUACGAUAUCUUCCGGAACAGGGGUGGCUACGCUGCUUGGCCUUGGAACUGCAGUUGCCGAUGAAGAGCUUGUUCAUACCGAGGGUUUGAUUGGCUUUGCGCAGUUGGGUUUGUCCUCCAACCGUGAUGAACGAAGAGAGUUCGACAGACUUGUUCGUUCUGGUAUACCUUUAGUAUACCGAUCCAAAGUUUGGAUGGAAUGUAGUGGAGGACUGGAGAUGAAGGAGCCAGGUCUUUUCACGGACCUACUUUCAAGUGUUGAUCACGAAACUAGCGUCUUGAGGGAGAUUGAGAAGGACGUUGGUCGGACUAUGCCUUUGAACGUUUUCUUUGGUCGGACAGGCGCUGGAGUUGACAAACUGCGCAGAGUGUUGACAGCAUAUAGCCGACGUAAUCCUGCGGUAGGUUAUUGCCAGGGUAUGAACUUAGUCACUUCGACUCUCCUGUUGGUACAUGCCGACGAGGAGGAAGCGUUCUGGGUUCUCGCCGCGAUAAUUGAGAAGAUUCUACCUGAAGACUUCUUCUCGCCUUCUUUGCUCAGCUCCAGGGCUUGCCCACUGGUCCUUCAAGACUAUGUUCAAGAGCAGCUGCCGAAGUUGCAUUCACAUCUAACGGGGUUGGGCAUUGACUUGCCUGCUAUAUGCUUUUCCUGGUUUUUAUCACUGUUUACGGAUUGUUUGCCCAUAGAGACUCUUUUUAGGGUCUGGGACGUUUUCCUGGUUGAUGGCUUAGACGUGUUCUUCCGCAUUGCUUUGGCCAUCCUUCGAAGCAACGAGCAGGAAUUGCUCGUUUGUGAAUCGAUACCAGCGGUGUAUGUCGCCUUAGAAAGCCUCCCCAAUCGUAUGUGGAAGGCAGACAAACUCAUAAAGAAAGAGUUGGAGUUGCGAUCUAUAGUUGUUCACGCCGACAUUGUCAAACGACGCGACCAACAUAUCGCUGUUCUCAAGGACUUGUCCUAACUUAUUUAUCAUCCAUCGUGUACAUGCUGUUCUCAGUUUAGCUUUCACAUUUCGCUCUUUACAUACAUGGGACUUUGUCGCUACCUACGUCGUAUACCCUCAUUUCCUCGCCUACAUGUAUACAAACCUCAUUUACAUAAACGCCCUCCUUAUCUUACAGUACUGUACAACACUACUUGGGCAGUCGAGUGUCCGGUCCAUGAGGGGUAUAUAGAGAAUAGAAAUGCACUCGUCAAUCAUGUUCCGCAACCUCUUCCCAACUUGCGUUGAUCGGUGUUUUAACAUCCC